AUGGAAGUAAAGACAGACUGGUUGAAGAGGGGAUUUCUGAAGUCUCCCAAGAGGAUAUCAUUUUCUAUCAGAAACACAGAGAUGGAAAAGAUCCGGUCCCUGAUCACUAAGCGCUGGUCGUCUGAUGUUCGUCUGGAUGGGAAGACUGCGAUCGUGACGGGAGCUAACACUGGCAUUGGCAAGGAGACCGCCUUGGACCUGGUCAAGAGAGGUGCACGCGUCAUCCUGGCCUGCAGGGACAUGGAGAAGGCGGAGCUUGCGGUCAGUGACAUCGUCAGGGAAAUGGGAGGGGCCAAGGUGGAAGCCAGGAAACUUGACCUCGCUGACACCAAGUCCAUCUGUGAAUUUGCUGAAAACAUCUACAACACGGAGAAGGUGCUUCACUUCCUGAUCAACAAUGCAGGUGUGGCCAGCUGUUCUUACAGCACCACUGUAGAUGGAUACGAGAUGCAGCUUGGAGUCAACCACCUGGGUCACUUCUUUCUGACUUUCCUCCUAUUAGAUCUGCUGAAGCACUCCGCCCCCUCCCGUGUCAUCACUGUGUCGUCAUCGGCCCACGCCAUGGGCAGGAUCCACUUUGAGGACCUGAACAGUGAGAAGGAAUACCACCCUGUCAAGGCCUACGUCCAGAGCAAACUGGCUAAUAUACUGUUCACUAGAGAGCUGGCCAAGAGGACCGCGGUUCUAGGUGUGACAGCCUAUGCAGUGCACCCGGGGGUAGUGAACACUGAUCUGAUGCGUCACAUAAAGCGCCCCCUACAGCUCAUGUUUAAGAAGUUCAGCUACUUCCUCAAGACGCCAGCAGAAGGAGCCUACACCACUCUGUACUGCAUCCUGACCCCUGAUUCUGAACUCACCUCUGGGGGUUACUAUAGUGGGUGUGCACAGGCAGUGUGUGCCAGGGCUGCUAGUGAUGAAGGCACCGCUCUCAAACUCUGGGCUGUUAGCUGUCAUCUACUGGGCAUCUGCUGGAGAUGAACAGACACCCAAUAUGAAUGCUAUCUUUACAACAAAUUGCUUCUUUCUGUCACGUCAAAUACUGAGAAAAUAUUGCUAUCAUAAGUCCUACUAUGUCAAAUGAUAAAUGUGAAGAGGGAGACAGGUGAUGUAUGAUGUGGCUGAUGGUGAGCGUAGGUGGAAGUGGUACAGAUAGGUUAUAGAAUGUUUAGAGUUAGUGUUGCAGUCAGUAAACUAUCUGAGACUGACUGGACAAGGAAAGCUAUAUGUCAAAUAUUCAGUUGAACUAAAUCAUGUAAUUCUCUUCUGUUUUUACACCUUUGAUUCCUGUGCUUUCUGGAGAAAGUAAAAUACUAUCAAAUGCUGUACCAACAUUCUCCCUUUUCUUGUUGGGAGUAAUUUAGGCUUUCUGACUAUUAUUUAGACCAGCAAUAGCUUUCUCUACAGAAAUUAUCUAUUAGAACACGACUAAAAAAGUCUGACAAGUACCACUAAGAUUGGCCUAUGGGGACAUCUAGUGGUCAAAGCUUCAAACCACAAGACGACGUCUUAAAAUGAGCGCUCGAUCUGCACAAUGACAUAGCGUAACAGAAGUAGAAGAUGACGAUGAUGUAACCAACUGAACCUCGGAUUAUAAAAAGGAAAGGUUGUGAGUUUUCUACAGGAUACUCUGUUGACCUCGUCGCACUCAGGAUGUGUGGGACAGUUUUUUCCCCCCCAGAAAAUUUAAGUUAUAUUAUUCUAACUAGGAAAUAUUUGUAAAUGUUUGUUCUCUGACUGGCAAGGUGUGCCAGACCUUGUUCAGGGCGAAACGUGUAGUAACGUCAACUGCCAUAAUCAGCCAAUUCUUUUCUUGUCCUUUUAUAUUCUAGGGGUAAUGAACAAACAUUGUGGGCUAGGCCUUUACAAAACCUGAAUUGGCUACCGGUAGGCUAUCAGAAUUGUUCAACUGAAGGUAUCCGAUCAAUUAACUGAUCAAA